AGCGAGCGUUUCCGCUCGCCCGAGAGAAAGAGCUGCUGCUGCGUCGAGGACGAGCUUCAGCGAGGGCGGACGGGCUUUUCUCACGAAAAAACCUCACAUUUUCACACCGGUUUUCCAUCAUUUCGGUGUCGCCACUUACACAACCGUUAAUGACUCGGACGUGAAACGGGAAGAGGGAGGUUUGCUUCUGGUAACCUUUACGUUGGUUAAGCCAUAGAGGACUCUCCCUGGCCGUCGGAGGAAAAGAUGUGCGAUGGAAUGGUAGCGUGUCCGACGAGAGCCCUGACUACCUCUUCCUCUACCUCCUCCUUUGUAGCCCACAGGCUGGCUGCCUCUGCGCUCAUCCUCCUCUUCAUCCUGCUCCCUCAUGGUCACGCAUCAGGUUGUCCGCGGCCACCCAACGUGCAGCAUGGAGACCUACUGAACCAGACGGAAUCCAACCGGGGCUCCUUCUCCCCCGGGUCCCAGCUCACAUAUGGCUGUGAUCCAGGGUACACGCCAGACGGACCCACCGCCAUUAUUUGUACCAUUGCUGGCACCUGGUCCCAUCCAGCACCAAGCUGCAUCAGAAGCAAUGUGUGUUCGCCGCCUACUGAACCAGAGAACGGGGGCUACCGCUGCCACCCGUCUCCCUGCCGCCGUCUCAUCCAUAAGACCGUCAUCGAGUACUUCUGCGACGAGGGUUACGCUCUGAAGGGAGACUACAAGUUCCUCACCUGCCAGAACGGCGACUGGGACAGUCCCAUGCAGAUCAGCUGCCGACUCACACAAGACAAGGAGCCGAGCUCCCAGCUGGGCGUGCCAGCUCUGUCCAUCGUGCUAACCACAGCUAGCUGUGUGAUACUCAUCCUACUUUUAGUGGUGCUGUUUGUUCUUGUACAGCCAAAACUCAAGUCCUUCCAUCACAACAGGAGGGAGCAGGGAGUCUCAGGCCAGUCCAGCUCCAUCAUAGUGGAAGGCGUCCAGGUGACCCUGCCCUCGUAUGAAGAGGCCGUCUACGGAAGCAGAGGUCCCUGCAAUGUGUCCGGCCCCCCUCCUCCCUCCCCAACGCCGCCUCCUGCUCCCGCAGAGUCACGAGUACCGAUCGUGCUCUCCGAGGGACUUUCUCAGGGAGCCACAGGAGGCCCGGGCUCCAGCAGAACCCGUCACCACAGAGACUUGGACUUCUGUCUCCCAUCCACCUCCUCCUCCUCCUCCUCCUCCACAUCCUUCCCCUCCCGUCGUCACGCAGAGACCGUGCUGGUUCAUCCGGCACCGUCUUCAUCAUCGUGGGCUAGAGAGCACCCUGGGGGUGCAUGUGCAGGCCCCCUAUCUCUCCGUAGAGACUCUGAGAGCAGCGACCAGCACAGUCUGCUCUCCGUCACCUCCACCGAUGAAUUUUCUGAUGAUAUACCCCUGUUAAAGGAAGCAUGAAGCCUGCUGGCCUGCUAUCAGCGUCAGCAGCAGCCCCUCUUAAUCUAUCUCUCGCUGCUGGCUGGAACUGACUAUCGCUGUCAACCUGCUCCUCCCGACUGCCCCUUUCCCCCAAAGCAGCCGACAGAGACGGGCAAUUAGAAGAAUGCCCACUCCCCACCGCGACCUCUUCUGUCACGGCCCAUGCAGAGCAAAGGCAACAAUCAAGACGAAUACUGUAACAUAAGCAAUGAUGGAGCACCACACGGCCCUGCUACUGGAUCAAACCGAAGACGAGCCAGACAAAGGAAGUGGUGCCGGCUCCGCUUCUCCUGUAGAUCCUGUGAAUAUGAGUGUAAGAAUAGAAACUGAGACAAGUUGUGUACUAUAGGCUUAAGUAUGACCACGCACACGGCUCUAAACCAGUGUGGUUCUGACGUGUUUACACAGCUCACAGAAGCUUCUACAGAGAAGGUUAAAGAUGCAUCGCGUCUUUACGGGAUUACUGCAGAUAUAAAUAAAAAAUAACGUGUGAUGUUUGGCUCCUGAUGCCGCGGCGCUCAGAAUACGAAUCGUCUUCCCGCUGUACUUGAAAAGUUGUCAUGCCUGAGUUUUAGCAGCCCUCUUUGCGAAUGCUGCAUGUUGUUUUCGUUUCUGUUUGUUACAGUACGGUGGCCCACCUUAAAUGAAGCAUGAAGUCUCUUCUGUCUCUCUCCAGCGCUCCGUUUAUCCCGUCAGCAUUUUAGAAUGGAUCCGUGGGAGUGACAGCCACUUCUCUAAAGCUCAAAGCACCAUAUCACAUCUAUUAGGGGGAGAAAAGGACCCACUUCUUUCUUUUCCGUCGCCUGCUGCACAGUUUGAAAGGUUCCUGCACAAUGUGACGUUUCCUCUGAGCUGUGGAGAGAACGGCUGUUAAACACGGUGAAUUGGCACACAACUAAACUAUGAGUUCUUUGCGUUGAAUAUUCUCCCCACUUUACUUUACUUUUUUUUUUUCAGUCACAGAAUCUGAGUGCAUGUCUCUGCGUGAACUUUCUAUCUCCUGUUCCACACAGGAGAGGACACGUCCUCGUACGGUAGACCUCGAUGCAUAGUUUCCUCACUUGGCUGGGUUUUGAUCUGACACUGGCUUCACAAUAUCCUCAUCUUUCACCUUAGGAAAAUAUCCCACCCAUCAUGGAAAAGUCACACGUACAAACGAGGGUCACUUCAGGUGUUGGUUUCACUACACAAUAUGUGUAUCAUUUAUCUGCUCACAAUCUCCAAUGCAUUAAUUCCUGCUGAACAGCUGUACAACACUAAUGAUGGCUGAACCCAGGACUCCACUGUUGUGCAUUGUGGACACAAACUGCAACUGGUUGCAGUGCAAUAAGAAAAGCUUUGUUAUAUAGCCCCCUGCCCCCUUCACACGUACUCCCUCCGCCCUCUAAUGCCAAGUGCAAAUGUAAGAGAGAAUGAUGGUAGGCUGCUCAAAGUCAGCGCCGGCCUUCAUAGCCACUUCAAAAGCAUUUGUGGUUGAGCUGGUCGCCAUGGAAACGGCAUGACUCGGAUGGAUCCCGGGAAUUAUUUUUCAAGAAAAUUUCUUUUUGAAGAAAAACAAGCAACAUUGUGACUGGAUUUCUGAUUUUAGAUUGUCUGUUCUUUUUGGGGGGGUUCGGGGGAGCAUUUGUGACCUGUCAUUGUCAACGGCUACAUAAUUAAUGCAAACAAAAUGUUGCCUUAGACUUGUACAUUUUCUUUUUCCUUUCUCUUUUUUUUUGUAAUAUAUAAUCUUGAGCCUCUGAAUUGGUUGCUUCACAGUAUUGCAACAUGUUGUUUUCCCAAUGGCCUUACUCUGUUUUUUUUUUUCUAUUCUAUGCAUAAAACUGUCUGUGUAUUUAUCGGUGAGUUUAAUUUUGUUGUGGGCACUACUAAUGUCCAUCCUUCUGUCCUCCCCGGCUUCUCCAGCUACUAUGAUGAUGAUUGAUGAUGGUGAUAAUGAUUGAUGAUGAUGAUGAUGAACCAGUAAGCCCCUAUAUUUCAGUACCUCGACUUCACUUUGCUACAAAGCAUUACAUUGAAAUGGGAUUCAUUUUUAAAUUUUUUUUUAAAUAUCAUAUAUAUCGGAAAGCACUGUUGUACAGUGUUGAUUCCCUGAAAGUAACAGGUAAAAAAAGUACACGUUUUCUUAAUUUCAAUGCUUUAAGCUUCAAUUUUUCCUCUGUACAUGGCAGUGGGUGUGAAGAUAGUAAUUUAAUAUUUGUAUAAAGUUUAAUUUAAUUUUACAGUGUGUAUAUAACUUUCUAAUUAAAGCUUUCUUUUGAAUGUGGAA